AGAGGGAAGUUGUCGAAGUUCGGGGAGACGCCCGGCCGCCGGCCUCGCCUACGGCCUGUCCCUCCGCCUCCUUCCCGCCCCGGCCCCUGUCCGCCCGUCCUUCCUUCCCCUCCCGUGCAUGAUGGAAACACCAUGGCUGCGGCAGCCCAGUUCUCCCUGACACAGUUGUCAAGUGGGAAUCCUGUAUAUGAAAAAUACUAUAGACAGGUUGACACAGGCAAUACUGGAAGGGUGUUGGCUUCAGAUGCUGCUGCAUUCCUGAAAAAAUCAGGGCUUCCAGCCUUGAUUCUCGGAAAGAUUUGGGAUUUAGCUGAUACAGAUGGCAAAGGUGUCCUGAGCAAACAAGAAUUCUUUAUUGCUUUGCGACUUGUGGCAUGUGCCCAGAAUGGACUGGACGUUUCCCUGAGUAGCUUGAAUCUGGCUGUUCCUCCACCAAGAUUUCAUGACUCCAGUAGUCCUUUGCUGACCAGUGGGACUUCAGCAGCUGAGCUCCCUUGGGCUGUAAAGUCUGAAGACAAAGCCAAAUAUGAUGUAAUUUUUGAUAGUCUAAGCCCAGUGGAUGGAUUUUUGUCUGGUGAUAAAGUGAAACCAGUAUUGCUCAACUCUAAGUUACCUGUGGAAAUCCUUGGAAGAGUUUGGGAGUUGAGCGAUAUUGACCAUGAUGGAAAGCUUGACAGAGAUGAAUUUGCAGUUGCCAUGUUUUUGGUGUACUGUGCACUGGAGAAAGAACCUGUGCCAAUGUCCUUGCCUCCAGCCUUGGUGCCACCUUCUAAGAGAACAAUGGUCAGUAUAUCAGGCUCCGUGUGGUCGGUCCCCUCUUCAGCAGCCAAGGACUCUUACCACUCCUUACCACCUGUAGGCAUUUUACCUACCAAAGCACCGUUAAGACAGUGGGUUGUAUCCCCUGCAGAAAAGGCUAAAUAUGAUGAAAUCUUCCUGAAAACGGAUAAGGAUAUGGAUGGAUAUGUGUCUGGUCAAGAGGUCCGUGAAACCUUCCUGAAAACAGGUUUACCUUCUGCCUUACUAGCCCACAUCUGGGCACUGUGUGACACAAAGAACUGUGGGAAGCUUUCAAAAGACCAGUUUGCCUUGGCUUUUCACUUAAUCAAUCAAAAGUUAAUAAAGGGCAUUGAUCCUCCACAUAUUCUCACUCCUGAGAUGAUUCCACCAUCAGACAGGUCAAGUUUACAAAAGACCAUCAUAGGAUCAAGUCCUGUUGCAGAUUUCUCUGCUAUUAAGGAACUAGAUACUCUUAACAAUGAAAUAGUUGACCUCCAGAGGGAAAAGAACAAUGUGGAACAGGACCUUAAAGAGAAGGAAGACACAGUUAAGCAGAGGACAAGUGAGGUUCAGGAUCUUCAAGAUGAAGUUCAAAGGGAGAGUGUUAACCUGCAAAAACUACAGGCCCAGAAGCAGCAGGUGCAGGAACUCCUUGAUGAGCUGGAUGAGCAGAAAGCCCAGCUGGAAGAGCAGCUCAAGGAAGUUAGGAAAAAGUGUGCCGAGGAGGCCCAGAUGAUCUCUUCCCUGAAAGAUGAAAUAACUAGUCAAGAAUCUCAGAUCUCCACUUAUGAGGAAGAGCUGUCAAAAGCUAGAGAAGAACUAAGUCGCCUACAGCAAGAAACAGCACAAUUGGAAGAGAGUGUGGAGUCAGGAAAGGCUCAGCUGGAACCUCUUCAGCAGCACCUGCAGGAAUCACAACAGGAGAUCAGUUCAAUGCAAAUGAGACUGAUGGAGAUGAAAGAUCUGGAAAAUCAUAAUGACCAAUCAGAUUGGCGCGAUAGCCCACAAAGCAUUCUUGUAAAUGGUGCUACAGAUUAUUGUAGCCUCAGCACCAGCAGCAGUGAAACAGCCAACCUGAAUGAACAUGGUGAAGGCCAGAACAAUCUAGAGUCUGAGCCCAUACACCAGGAGUCAUCAGUGAGAAGUAGUCCUGAAAUAGCACCUUCUGAUGUGACUGAUGAAAACGAAGUUGUGACUGCAGCUGGUAAUGAAAAAGUUAGUCCCAGAUUUGAUGAUGACAAGCAGUCAAAAGAGGAAGAUCCAUUUAAUGUAGAAUCAAGUUCACUGACAGAUCCAGUUGCAGAUACAAACUUGGAUUUUUUCCAGUCUGAUCCUUUUGUUGGCAGUGAUCCUUUCAAGGAUGAUCCUUUCGGAAAAAUUGAUCCAUUUGGUGGUGAUCCUUUCAAAGGUUCAGAUCCAUUUGCAUCUGACUGCUUUUUUAAACAAUCUUCUACUGACCCUUUUACCACAUCAAAUGCUGACCCUUUCAGUGCAUCCAGCAAUAGCAGUAAUACAUCGGUAGAAACUUGGAAGCACAAUGAUCCAUUUGCUCCUGGUGGAACAGUUGUUGCAGCUAGUGAUUCAGCUGCAGACCCUUUCGCUUCUGUUUUUGGAAAUGAAUCAUUUGGAGAUGGGUUUGCUGACUUCAGCACAUUGUCAAAGGUCAACAGUGAAGAUCCUUUUAACCCUUCCACAUCAAGUUCUGCCAGUAAUGUGGUCCUUCCAAACACUGUGUUAGAGGAGACAUCCACCAAGAGUGAGGAUGUACCUCCAGCACUGCCGCCCAAGACUGGAACUCCAACAAGACCCUGCCCGCCACCCCCUGGGAAAAGACCCAUCAACAAAUUGGAUUCUUCUGAUCCCUUUAAACUGAAUGAUCCAUUUCAGCCUUUCCCAGGCAAUGAUAGUCCCAAAGAAAAGGAUCCUGAUAUGUUUUGUGAUCCAUUCACUUCUACUACCACUACCAAUAAAGAGGCUGACCCAAGCAAUUUUGCUAACUUCAGUGCUUAUCCCUCUGAAGAAGACAUGAUUGAAUGGGCAAAGAGAGAAAGUGAGAGAGAAGAAGAGCAAAGACUUGCCAGACUCAAUCAGCAGGAACAAGAAGACUUGGAACUGGCCAUUGCACUUAGCAAGUCGGAGAUCUCUGAAGCAUGAAGUCAGCAGUGCUGUUCUUGAAUACUGAAGCUAUUUACCAUGUGCAUUAAACUACCUAUGAGCAUGGGAUACAAAAAGUUUGAGAGUCCUAUAAAUGUGACAAAAGUGUAACUUGUUUUUUGUUUUUGUUUUUUUUUGGGGGGGGGUUCUAUUUCAACUGUGUCCUUUAUUUUCUUCUUCCAAAAGCAGUACCCUAACUAGACAGCUUACUCUAGACCCCUGUUCUGGUGUACAUUUACAGUGAGCUCUUGCCUGCUUAUACUAUUUCCUGUAAAGCUAGAGCUAAGCCUCUGCGCUCUAGAACCUAGCAGAUAUAGUUUCACGCUGUGCUGCCCCUGUUCUGUAGUUCCUAUGACAGCAACUAGAGUUCUGAAAGUGUGCAAGUAUUCUCCCUGAGCUGAGUGGUUGAAGGAGGGAAGGAAAGAGCACCCUGUUUCUUUUGAUCGGUACCAAACAUUAAAAAAGCAAAGUGCAUUGUAAGUACUUGUGGAGAAAAUACGUUUUGUCAUCUAGAGACGGGACACACCCACUACUGAGAACUAGAUGAAUUAAGUUAAACCAUUAUUGUUCCAGGCUCAAGUAAUUCCUAAAUAAAGCAUUAAAGCCUUGUGUGUGAAACACAUUUUUAAAACAAUUUUCUCUGGACCUAAAGAAUUUUAAGAUUAAUUGCUGUGUAUUUCCUAGUUUAAAAAAAGUGCUUACAAAUAAAAUUUGUAAGGAAAUGUUUGUUUUAAGUGCUAACGAGGAAAACUUGUGACUUAAAAUGCAACCUGUUAGUUUAAGCAAACACUUAGCCCGAACCCAUCUGCCUUGGCAGCUACGCUGACCUUAGUUCAGAAGUGUCCUGAACUAGAAUUGGAAAGUACUUUGGUUUUCAUUAUGUUUUGUUUCUUUAGUGGGGCCCAGCUAUUUGCAGUGAUUUAAUGGAAGAAGUAACACAUAUCCUCUUGCUUUUUGUCCAUCUUAGUAGUUUCAAUUACUUCACUUGCUUGCUUUUUUUUUUUACUUAUAAAAUUAAAAAACUGCCUCCCACCCAAAAUCCUGGUUUUUAAAUUGAGAAAAAAAUUAAACAGACUUGCCAAAUUAUCAGAACCUUGCCUUUGUUAAAAGCCCAUCUUCUGCUCGACUGGCCGACAGCUGGCUUUGAAAUGGACUGUGAAGUGGACUAUAAAUUGUAUUUUUUUUAACACGAGUUACUAAUUUAGUGUUUUCAACACCAAGAUAAAAAUGAACCUACAAAAUAAUUCAAAAUUUUAAUUUUUAAAAUUAAAAGUCACAAGUUAAGGUGGUAUUGAACUGUGUUGACCAGUAACUUACUGCCUGUCCUGUAAAUAAAUUUACAGCGGCUAAUCAGUCCAUCUUGAAAUGGUGCUUUUUCUUUCUUUACACACUCUAUUGGAUGGCUGGAAUUUAAAACAAACUUAAACCACUUUCUUGCACUGCUAACUUUUUUCUAUUUUUGUAAAUAAAUAUUUCAGCAUAAAGUCAUACAUGUGAAGUAAGGGCUGAAUCAUAAUCCCAAGGCUUUAGCGGUGAUAGCUAAUCCAGUGGCCUAAGUAUUUGCUACAGACGGUGCUGGCGAAGGUCAGGCUAGGAGUUGUGGUAGGCAGUGUUCUCUGCUCUCCUUUCCUCUCACGCUUCAGGAGAAAGGUAAGUUGACUUGAAUAAUCUUCUUUUGCACUGAGAAAAGUGAAAAAUGUUUGAAAUGCUUUAAAAAAUUUUAAUUAAAGAAAACUCUGGACAUAUUAAAUAUCUGUAACUUAUAAAUAGCAACUUUUGAUGUGCAGUAAAGUUUGCCCUAAUCUCCAUGCUCUUAGCUGAGUCCUAGAGACUCAUCCUUGGUUAAGAUGUGUAUACUCCGUGGGCCAAUAUCAUACUAAAAUGUGUAUAUAUUAUAUAAACAUAUCUAUAUCUUCAUGCUUGAUUGUAUAGGACGAAUGUUUUAAGAGUCAUUUGUGAUGUUUUAUGGUAUUGACCCUGGCUCCAAAGCCUGCGCUUGAAAUAAAGAUGAAGUUUUAACCAUC